UUUAUUAUUGUGCUUAAUAAUGGAGCAAAUUAAUUAAAUUAAAAUAUUAAUGGGGUGACAAGGAUGAUUGUGAUUUUAUCAUUUUAAUCAAUAUAAACGUUAAAAAAAACUUUAAAAAAUAUUCUAUGUUUUCGCUUGCUAUCUAUAAAGAUGGAGUCUGGUAAGAACUACUAGAUGAAAAGUUCAUUAGAAAAAGAUAGCAUCAUUAGAAAAAGAUAGCAAACAAAGAAGAAGAAGAAAAAAAUGGACGUUGGGUUUCUGGGACUGGGAAUAAUGGGAAAAGCCAUGUCAAUGAAUUUGCUGAAGAAUGGAUUCAAAGUCACUGUUUGGAACAGAACUCUUUCUAAGUGUAAUGAACUGGUGGCUCAUGGUGCCUCAGUUGGACAAACCCCUGCAGAAGUAGUUAAGAAGUGUAAGAUCACCAUUGCCAUUCUGUCUGAUCCUGCUGCAGCUCUUUCGGUUGUAUUCGACAAAGAUGGUGUUCUCGAGGAAAUUUGUAGCAGUAAGGGUUACAUCGACAUGUCAACAGUUGAUCCAGAGACUUCUUGCAAAAUCAGUGAGGCAAUUACAUCAAAAGGUGGUCACUUCCUUGAGGCCCCUGUUUCUGGUAGCAAACAGCCUGCAGAAACCGGUCAAUUAGUGAUUCUCGCUGCUGGAGAGAAGGCAUUGUAUGAAGAAGCAGUUCCGGUUUUUGAUGUCUUGGGAAAGAAGUCUUUCUUCUUGGGACAGAUUGGAAAUGGAGCAAAAAUGAAACUUGUUGUCAACAUGAUAAUGGGCAGUAUGAUGAAUGCAUUUUCAGAGGGACUUGUACUGGCUGAGAGAAGUGGACUGAAUCCACAUAACCUUCUUGAUGUACUGGACUUGGGUGGAAUUGCUAAUCCAAUGUUCAGAGGAAAAGGACCGGCAAUGCUCCAGGACAAUUAUUCCCCUGCAUUUCCCUUGAAACAUCAGCAGAAAGAUGUGAGGUUGGCUCUUGCCCUGGGCGAUGAAAAUGCAGUAUCAAUGCCAGUAGCAGCCGCAGCCAAUGAGGCAUUCAAAAAGGCUAGGAACAUGGGAUUGGGAGACCUUGACUUUUCAGCUGUUGUUGAGACCGUGAAGGUUCUUAAACAUUCAUCUUGAUAUCGUGAAUGUAAUGGCAUAAACACAACGUAGGGACCACACUUGGUUAAUGAUUUAGGGAGUCACAGCUUCAUGCUUGGGUUGAUGAAACAUUCAGUGUUGGUUUGAACCUGUAUUUUUAUAGCCACUUGAGAGUUGUUACUCAGGGAAGCAUCCCCCUUGUGAGAUAUUUUUCUAGUGAACUCUAUUAUCACCAAAAGGAACUGGUUUGAAAGUUGAUAACAUCAUGCUAGCAAAAUGAUCUGUUGUUCUGUUCUUUUUCCAGUUUUUGUAACCAAUUGAGAGCACUCAGCCAGCACCAGUACUUAAAACACCAAUAAUGAAUUUCAAGCUACAGCUAUAUUAAAGGGAAGAAGGAAGGAAGAAGAAAGUGAGGCAAAAAGAAAGGGAAAAACCUAGGGAUAACACCAUUUUGAUAGUCAAAAAAAGUUAUCAUAUGCUUCUGAUCUAUUUGGCACGCUCGAUG